UCCUUCUGCGACUUGCUUCAAUUUAUCUAACGUUCGGAUUUCCAGUUCGUGUUUGUUGCCCGUGAAGGAUGCCUUCUGCCAACCCUAAACUAGAGAAACAGGCCUCUACGGAGACCGUGGAACCCCUACGCCAAGUAAUCGUCGUAAUCGAGCAUAAGAUACGGAACCUCGAGAAGCGUAAGGGCAAACUCGAAUCGUAUAGGGACUUACAGAAGAAUGGAAGGGAGUUGAAUUCGGACCAGAAAACAGCAGUGGCUAAAUAUGACGAAGUGCUUCAAACAUUGGACAAUACUCGAGAUCUAUACAAACAAAUUGUCACCAUUGCCAAUGACUCGGUUAAACAGCAGAAGAAACAGGCGCGAAAAGAGGCUGUCGAGCGUAUGCAGCAAGAUAUUGCAAAAGUGAAAGAAGUGCUACUUAUUCAACACAUCUUGGUAAGCUUGGCCACUGAUUCCAUUAGAAAUGAUUUCACUCAAGGAACAAACGGAGCUGUAAAAUUAUCAGAGGAGGAAUUAAAGUACCUGGAGAACUUAUAUAUCGAAGUAAUUAUAAAACAACAACGUGACGAAGAUGACUUAACAUUUAUACAACAAACCCAAAAAGUAGCAGAGCACUAUGUGGCGAUUGUGGAUGGAAAACAACGUGAAGUUGUCGGCACUACUUAUAAUAAAUUGAAGGAGAUUAUUACAAAAAUUAAUCAGUGUGGUUAUUUUGAUCAAGUUCACGAAUGUUCAGAAGCAAUACCAAUAGAAGAAGUUGCAGAAGUUGUAACGGAAACAAAGCUUAGUGAUUCGCAAACAGGGCAGGAACAGGUCAACGAAGAAUACAAUAACGGCAAUGACAGGCACAUUCCACCGGAACCUAUGAUACCCAUUCCAAACUUUCCAGUUCAAGUUGCACCGCUGCCAGUUGUUUCCGGUGCCGCACCGGUCUCGGGACCCAUUUCGGUCGUUCCACAGCCUAUGCCGCCUCACCCAGCUGCACCGGUCGACACGCCUUACUAUACAAAUGCUACCAGUUUUGUUCCGCAACAGCAACAACAGCAAACUCAACAACAAUCCCAACAACAGCCUCCACCAGCGCCUCGAAUCAAUGAUGUCAUAGGCACGCCAAAUUUCUUUUUCUUACAAGAAUCUGAGCUCGAUUCACCGGAUGUCACGUCACAAGCACCCAUUGUAUCGCACAUUCCUCCCGCAGUCAACGCGCCCAUUCCUUCGCAGACCUUUACGAACCAAAAUUUUGCAAAUGCACCUGUGGCCGUUCCUCAACAAGUCAUAUAUCAGCAUCAGCCACCGCAGGAUAUGUCACACAUUCCUGGAUUCGCGAAUCCUAAUCCACCGCCACCAAUCCCGAUGCCGCCCUCGCAUCAGCAGCCAAACAUGCAAUACAGUCCGCAACAUCCGGCCGGUUUUCAGCCUCAACAAGCACAACAGCAACAAAAUACGGUGCAACAACUGCCACAAGGACAAACACAAAAUUUCAAUGAACAAAGAUCACCUCAGCAACAAGAGACUCAAACGCCCACAGAGGAAAAAACUGAGAAUGGUCAAAAUGAAACUACUACUACGGACUCGUCAUUGGAACAACAGAAUGAAUCUGUAGAUUGGUGUCAAAUGACCGAAACCAAUGAUUGGAGUCAGUCUGAUCAACAACAGCAAUCUAUUCAAGAUUCUCAGCAAGUGUCGCCACAACAGACAUCGCAACAGACUUGGGGUGAUCAACAACGUGGAUACAGAGGAAGGGGAAAUAGAAGGGGGACCACUAAUGGCUAUAAUAGUAGGGGCAGGAAUAAUUAUCAACAAAAUGGACGUGGAGGACAAGGCACGUAUUAUCGCAACGAUAGUAACUAUCAGAAUGGAUAUCAGCAACGUUCUUGGGGCAACAAUGAUGGAAAUAACGGAUAUGCUGCCGGCUUUAAGCGUGGUGGUGGCGGAGGAGCGAGGGGUGCGCGCAACGAACGCGCUGGUCGUGGACAAUACCGGGGACAGAAUAGGACCAACCGUGGCGGAUAUAUGCCACGCGGCAAGCCUCAUCCCGCGCAAUAAUAAGCGAGAGAGGAAAACACUAGCGUAAAUACACAGUGAAACGCACUUUAAAGAUGAUGUUCUACGAUUACAAUUCAACUGUCUAUUUACGAAAAAGCUUAAGUCGAGAAUGCAUUUGCAAUAUGAAGUGAGAUUUCAAAGUAGUAGAUAUCGCGUGUAUGAGUAUUAAUAUGCAAUAACUUUGAUAUUAAAGAUCGAUUAAGUGACUGAUAUAGUUUCUGUAAUGCAAUAGGAAAUGUGUUAUAUGUUUUUUUAUCUAUUUGCACAUACAUUAAGAUUCUUUGAGAAGAUAAAGUUGAUUAGAAUUAUUAGUACAUAUAGAGUUUUGCAUCUAAUGUAAUAAUUUCGUAUAAAGUUAUGUACGAGGCUAAUGAAAAAUCAAUUUGAAAAAAUCUUAUCUUAUGUUGGCAUUUGCUGAGAUUUACGGCUUAGGAUGUUUCUUAAAUAUGACAUUGAAAAAGUAAAACUUUGCAUUUGAAUUUGGUGUCUGUAAUUAUGAAGAGAAGAUAAUGUUAAUAAAAAAAAAGACGAUGCAGAGGUAACAUUGUGAUAUAUAAAGAAAAAUCAACCAAAUUCAGAAGUGUGAACCUACCGUUCAAGUAUUAUUGUAUUAUGUGACAGAAGGCAGGUUUCACAGGGCAACAACAGCAGAUUACGAAAA